CUGGGUAGGUUUCUGUAGAGGAAAAGCCAUACUGGUUAUUGUGCAAAAACACAGCUGGAGUUCUCCAUUGUGGCUCAUCACGCAACACUUGAAGCAAUUCUGCCAGUCUUCAACCACAAAUGCUUUCAGAGAGAAGGGAGACACUUCCCCAGAGGGAAAUCUCAUUAAAUUCUGUUCUUUAUGUACAAGAGUAGAUCCCGACCACUCCAUUUCUUUCUUGAGGAAAAAAAAUAUGGUAACCCACAGACUGUUGCUGACAGAAGGAAGAAAACACUAACUGCUCACAAACACUUCUUGUCAGGAUGCAAUUCCUACAGAUCCUGUCCAGGAAACUGGGGGGCCUGGAAGGGCUUUUUCAAAUACCAUUUUGCCAAAAGCAAUUCCCAUACACGUGUCUGUCUACCUCUGCAUGUGUUUAUAGCAAAAAGAAAAAAGGAAACAGUUAUGAACAAGUUGACCAAGAAAAAUACAAGAACUUGGUCCACUCUGUUACAUCUUACAAAACCAGUGCCCAAACGCCAGAGACAAUACUUGAGGAAGACAAUUUCUUAUAUGGGCCACCAGCUAAACACACACCUCCAGUUAAAGCUGGGACAAAAACUCCCAAGAAUUGGGUUCCUUUAAUAAACCCCAGCAAGAGAAUUCUUCCUGUCAGCAGUGAUUCAAACGUCCCCAUGAAAAUCGGGUUACAAAGAACGAAGAUGCCCAGUGUUACCCGCAUCCUUCAACAAACCCUCUCUCCACAGCAAGUCUUCUAUCUGGAAAGAUGGAAGCAGAAAAUGAUAGAGGAGCUUGGAAAAGAGGGAUUUGAAGAGUACACCAAAAGUCUUUUUCUCCAAGGAGAGCUCUUCCAUUCAGCUUUGGAAUCGAUAUUCCUGUCUGAAGAGACAGCAGCUAGGGACCAGGGUGAAAAUGAUGUUGUGGCUGGCUACUUAUCCAGUGUGGAACGUGUCUUGGAAGACAUCAGCGAGGUGAAGGCUCUGGAAAGUGGAGUUCACCACGAGACCCUGCAGUACCUGGGCCUGGUGGACUGCGUGGCCAAGUAUCGGGGCCGACUGUGUGUGAUCGACUGGAAAACUUCCGAGAAGCCAAAGCCAUUUCUGGAGAAUACUUAUGACAACCCAUUACAGGUUGCAGCAUAUAUUGGAGCCAUAAAUCAUGAUGCCAAUUAUGACUUCCAGGUUCGCUGUGGGCUCAUUGUGGUCGCCUACAAGGACGGCUCUCCGGCACACCCGCAUUUCAUGGAUCCUGACCUGUGCUCCCACUACUGGAAUAAGUGGCUCUUGCGCCUCGAGGAGUACAUGGACCAAAACUGACCCACACUAAGCACAAGCAAGUGGCCUGAGCACAGAGACAAAGGAAGAACCUUUUGUUUAAAUGUACCACUUUCAUGUUCUUUUUUGGGUAACUUUGGCCAAUUUCUUACUAGCUCCCCUCUCCCCCCUCCCAAAAAGGCAAGUAACUAUCAAAUGGGGUAUAUCUGUUUCCUCAUACUGUAGGUGACCUCAGUGGUCCAGGCAGAAAAACCCCAACUUAUUUGGCCUCUCUUUUUUAUCCCACACAGUUUAUACAGCCUGGGGUUGAUAGAAAAGUUUCUACUAUCAAGUAAAACUGUUUGAUCAAAUCAUCUUUCAUUUGUGAUUUUUGAGGAAAAAAGAAAAUGUUGCAGAACUAAGUCUUUAAAAAUGAAGUUGGUGAACUAAAGCAAAACAACAUCUGUGAUGUAUGAGCUGAGAGAAAUGCAAAUGAUAAAGAAAUGGAUAUAGUAGACUGGGUUUCAGUAAGUUCUUGCUCAUGCCGUCAUCAGGCUUGUUAUUAUUUGUGGUUUUUCUUACAGCUACAACUGGAAAACCUGUGCUAAGAGUUAUAAUUAAAGUCCUCAUUAGUUCUUAUUUAGAAUAGUACAGCAAAGUGGCCACUUGGCAGAAGUGGCUCAGCAAGAGAGGAGCAGAAUUGGAGCCAACACUCCCAGAAAUUUCCAGCGCGUGUUCUGAGAGGUGGGAAUGUUGGCUGCUGCUAGUGGCUCCUCCUGCAGGUGUUUUAACACCCAGCCCACAGAAAAGCACUGUGAGAUGGUGUGUGUGCCUUGGCUUGGGAGCUCUGUGCUGCCACUGCCUUGAGCUCUCCUGACUCUGCUGUGGGUCUGAGCCAACAAGGAGCCCACCCCAAGAACGAUCCCCAGUGCCACGUGAGUGAGUUUCUAUAUCAAAGCAGGCCUGUGGCUGUGAAGCAGGGCCUUCUGAGGGGUGAAGAGCUGCUGGUUGGAUUUUGGGGGCUGUUUUUUAUGGGUUUCUCUUUGGUUUUUGGGUUUUUUUUUCCAAAUAAGGUUGUGAAUAAAUGUUUUGAAACAGAACUUUUACUUUUGAAGCAUGUAAAAUCAAGUCUGUAAAGCAGAGAAUAAGCCUUGAUCAUGUCAGGCAGUAUUACUCUGGAAAACCUUUUUCCUCAUUCUGUUUGUGUUCUGUGAAUUGUAUGUAUGAGUUUUCAAAGUAGCACUGCAGCUUACAAAUAAAAUUAUGACCAACC